GGCUUUAACGACGACGAAUGAUAACUUAGGAUUUGGCAGAGAAGCUAUGGAACAAGAGCCAAUUAGUAAUUUUGAACGAUAUGAAGAAGAUCUACGGGUAGUUUUAGGGGAUAUUGAGGGGUUAAUUGUGGGUAUACGUGAGAAGAAUGAAGAGGGGAAAAAAAGGGGAUUUGGAGCGAUAGAACGUGCUCUAGAGGAAGCGAAUGAGAUUAUUGGUCAAAUGGAGAUUGAAGUUCUUCGUGUUCCAUUAUCACUGCGUUUGCAGAAAAAAACGAGAAUACAGAGUCGAAUGACAGAAAUAAACAAUAUGCGUAAAGAAUUUGAGUCACUUUGUCGAUAUGAACAAUAUAGAGAACCGUUUGUAUUAGACCAAGAUUUGGAGUCUCUAGAUCAAAGAAAUAGGCUUCUUAGUGGUACUAGGAAGCUUGAGGAAAAUUCAGAAAGAUUGAAAAAUGCGCAACGUAUUGCAGAUGAGACGAAAGAAAUAGGAGCGAAUAUAUUGAGAGAUCUUGGAUAUCAAAGAGAACAAAUUAUUAUGACGAAAAAUACGCUUAUUGAAGCGGAUAGUUAUGUGGACAAGUCUAUGAGAACAUUAAAAACAAUGGCACGAAGGGUAACGACAAAUAAAUUAAUAACGUAUUUGAUUAUUUUUGUUUUGGUAUUUCUUAUAUUUGCAAUUAUAUGGAACAAAUUGACUUAAGUGUAUUUAUUCUUGUAUAUAAGUUUUAAAU